GGAAGCGCUUUGAACCUCACAUGCAGAGCAUUUUUUGGCUACAGCGGAGACGCCAGCCCACUCAUCUACUGGAUGAAGGGGGACAAGUUCAUAGAGGACCUGGAUGAAGAGAGGGUCCAGGAAAGUGAGAUCAAGCUUGUCAGGGAGCAUCUUGGAGAGCAGGAAGUGGCAAUUUCCUUGACCAUUGACUCUUUAGAGGAGGAGGAUUUAGGAAAUUAUUCCUGUAUUGUGGAAAAUAGAGACGGGCGUCGCCAAGCAACCAUCCAUCUCUUCAGGCGGGAGCUCAUGUACACGGUGGAGCUGGCAGGAGGUCUGGGAGCGAUUCUGCUGCUUCUCAUCUUCCUCAUCUCCCUCUACAAAUGCUACAAGAUUGAGCUGAUGCUUUUUUAUAGGAGGCACUUUGGCAGCGAAGAUGUAGAUGGAGAAAACAAAGAUUAUGAUGCAUACCUUUCAUACACCAAAGUGGACCCUGAUCAGUGGAGUCAGGAAACCAGAGAGGAGGAGCGCUUCGCCCUGGAAAUCCUCCCCGAUGUGCUGGAAAAACAUUACGGUUACAAACUCUUCAUCCCGGAUCGAGAUCUCAUUCCAACAGGCAGUCUCACCAAUGAGCAUUACCAGGAUGACACUCGACUCUUUGGAGCAUACAUAGAGGAUGUUGCACGGUGCGUAGACCAGAGCAAGCGCCUCAUUAUAGUCAUGACACCCAACUAUGUGGUGCGGCGAGGCUGGAGCAUCUUCGAGCUGGAGACCCGACUGCGAAACAUGCUGGUGAGCGGCGAGAUCAAGGUUAUCCUGAUCGAGUGCGCUGAGCUGAGAGGUAUCAUGAACUACCAGGAGGUGGAAGCGCUUAAACACACCAUCAAAGCCCUCACUGUCAUCAAAUGGAGAGGCCCCAAAAGCAACAAGCUCAACUCAAAAUUCUGGAAGCAAUUGCAAUAUGAGAUGCCCUUUAGGCGCACAGAGCAUAUGCUAACGCACGAGCCGGCACUGGAUGUCAGCGAGCAGGGCCCCUUCGGAGAGCUGCAGACCGUCUCAGCCAUCUCCAUGGCAGCAGCCACUUCCACAGCAAUGGCCACCGCCCAUCCAGAGCUGCGCUCUUCGUUCCACAACACCUACCACACCACCAUGAGGCAGAAACACUACUACCGCAGCUACGAAUAUGACAUACCCCCUGGGGGGACCCUGCCACCACUCUCAUCUCUGGGAAACCAGCACACCUACUGCAACAUCCCACUAACGCUGCUCAACGGACAGAGGCCUCCGGGGAAGAGCCGGGAGCACAGCCUGGAGGAGGCUCACGCCAACAACGCCAUGCUGCCCCUGCUGCCAAGAGAAACCAGCAUCUCUAGUGUCAUAUGGUAGUAAUAAGGACACUCAGAGUUGGCUUCAGGAAGAACAGUCAGGGUCAGAUCAGAAAUGACGAGAACCAAAAGUAGAAGUUUAAAGAACAAAGCGGAUCUAUUCAGGUCCAUUCAUCCCCAUUAACAGAGAAGACAGGUGAUUCCUCCUGUCUUUCAAGAUGACCUAGUCUCUUCUAAGGAGUGAUUUUAUCUUCUAUUUGGAACUAGAGGAAAAACAGUUUUGUUUUGUUUUUUCUAGACUGACAAAUAAAGUGCUGGAACUCGGAGGACACAUGAUUCCAACAUCCUCACUAAAAGAAAAUGUGCAUACAUACAAACAAAAGGAAAACAGGGUCUGUACAUAUAUUUGCAUUUUAUUAGUAGCAUCAGUGUUUUUCUGUUUCGUUCUUCAAUGCGUUUAAUUCACUCAUGUUUGUUGCCUUCUCUACUGUAGGACUUUGCUUUAAACUUGUUACAUAAAGUUGUAUAUUUUUCAUUCUUUAAAGUUUUAUUUUAUCUAACUCCACUGAAAAGCCAGUAUGCCAUGUACUUGCGCUGUUUUGUCCCUUUGUUUUUAUUGUUUUGUAAUUUUUAUUUUAAAUCAUUCUGUAGUUUAAGCUAACUUUUUUUUUUUUUUUAUGAAAAAACUUUUUGAAUGACCUGGACAUUUUCAGGUGAUGUGAAGAGCUGAAACUUGUUUUUGUUAACCUUGUAAAAGGCGUAUCUGUUUUAAAAAGAAACUCCUUUCAGAAAAAAAAAAAAUAAUAGAAUAUGCAAAAAGACUGAGAAGCUGGCGAAAAACAUCCGGCCAUGUGGGAUGC